AUGGCGCCUCAGAUGCGACCAAGCUCGAGUGGCCCUCUAUCUCCGCCGGCCCUGGCGUCCAAGAAGAAGAUGGUCGCGGGCAGGAGGAAGAAGAUGUUGAGGGAGAGGGAGACCUCGACCUACGCCGCGAGCGGUGGGUCCUGCGGCCACGGAGAAAUUGCAGAGCGGAGGGAUCCUGGUGAGGGAACAGAAUGCGACCUCCACGCAGGGGAGGACGAGGAUGCCGCCGGCGCCGGCGCCCGCGAACCCGAACUCCUCCUCGGCGCGCCGCAGCAGGGACCGGAACUCGGGGCAGUCCAGCAGCGCGUUGGGCACCACAAACCGGCGCCGCCGCUCGCGCACCCAGCCAUGCUCGAGCCGCAGCGCGUUCAUCGCGACGCCGACGGCGAUCUCCCCCACGCCGUGACCGCCCCCCUUCUCGCGCACCCACCGUCGCCGGCUGAGCCUUCGCCUGCGACCGUUGGUUCACCGGAGAUAACCGACGAGGAGAUCGACGCCGCGUCCGCCGCCUGCUGCCGCAUCUGCCUCGAGUCCGACUCUGAGCCUGGUGAUGAGCUAAUAUCUCCAUGUAUGUGCAAGGGGACACAGCAGUUCGUGCAUCGCUCCUGCCUUGACCACUGGAGGUCUGUUAAGGAAGGGACUGCUUUUUCACACUGUACUACUUGCAAAGCACAGUUCCAUCUCCUGGUUGAGCUUCUGGAGGAUGACAUGUGUCUUAGAAUGAAGUUCUGGUUGUUUGUUUCUAGAGACGUCUUCCUCAUCUUCCUUGCAAUACAAGCCGUCAUUGUUGCUAUUGCUGGCGUGGCAUUUCUGUCGGACAAAGAUGGAAAAUUUCAGAAACAGUUCUUCAAAUUGAACAUGUCAUGUAUCACGAUUGCAAGUGCUAUCUUCUUCUUCCUAGAUAUUGAUGGUGUGGUGGUGUUCUUUGCACUGGUUGGACUUUUUGGGCUGCUGUUACACUGUUUUUCUUGCGAUUACCGUGAUGAUGAUCCAGCAUGCCUGCCCGAGCCCUCCUACGGAUGCCUGGACUGCGAGACCUCACGCUCAGGGGAUGAUGAUGAUUGCGUUUGUGUCGUUAUCAUGGUCGUUGUCCUAGUUUUCGCUCUCCUUGGAAUCUUUUACGGUUUCAUUGCAGCAACUAUGGCCUUCCAGAAGAUUAUGCAGCGCCACUAUCACAUACUCAAGAAAAAAGAGCUGACAAAGGCAAGAACCUCUAAUCUACUCUCAGCACUUCAUCCAUUCAAAUUUUGUUGA